UAUAUAUAUCCAAAGCAUAUGGUGGUAAGUGCAAUUCCUGCUUGGUUUUGAGUUGGAUUUUGUGGUUUUUAUAUCAUUAUUUCUCUGAAAUAAAGUAAAAUUGAAAUCUAAAACUUUGUCACCAGAUGAAACGGACAUCAAGGAUAUAAUUUUUAGUUAUAACUCAAUUUUGACCAAAAAUGUAAUUACUGCAGUUAGACUUUGUAGGGCAGCAUACAUCUAUAUAUAGAUGCAUAUAUAAAUCGACAAUUACUGCUUUGUCAACUGGGUACUUUACAUUUAAAGGUGUGUGGUGCUCUGAGUCUUCAUUCUUUGCACUGUCGCUUUAAGUGAGUAAGUAAUAGUACUUUAGUGGAGUAAAAAUACUCAGUUACUGUGCAGCUGUGGUGUCGGGUGUCACUGGGCCUGGUGGGGGAGAGAAGUCUCUCUGACGUUAGUGUCAAUCUGACCGCUAACGCCUUCAGACACACACUGUGACCCACCAAGUGGGAUCCUGGCUGCCAUGGCGUCGAGCAGCGAGAGCGAGGAGCGAGGAGAUCAGACGGUUCCUGAUGGCGAGGAGGCGCAGGAGGAGAGGAGCGUCCAAGGAGUCCAGGCUCAUUACCUCCGCUGUCCGUCACCCAGUUUCUCGAUGGCGUCAGAGUCGAGGUUCUCCAUGAUCUCAGGCUCCGACGCUGCCAGCAUCUUCAUGGAACCGAUCCACCUCUCAUCCGCCAUCGCCGCCAAGCAGAUCAUCAAUGAGGAACUACCACCUCGCAGCGUGCGGGCCGAGUCUGUCCCAGAGUCGAUGCUGGAAUCAGCAGAGCAGCUGAUGGUGGAGGACCUGUACAACCGGGUCAAGGACAUGAUCGAUGACCGCAGCCCCUAUAACACGCCCUGUGUGCUGGACAUCCAGAGGGCCAUGGUUCAGGACCGCCUCGAGGCGCCCACCAACCCUGUGGACGAAGUGUGGCCCAACAUCUUCAUCGCUGAGAAAUCUGUUGCGGUGAACAAGGCUCGUCUGAAGCGAAUGGGCAUCACCCACAUCCUGAACACUGCCCACGGCACGGGCGUUUACACGGGCGAGUCCUUCUACGCUGGCAUGAGCAUCCAGUACAUGGGCGUCGAGGUGGACGACUUCCCCGACACAGAUAUCUCACUGCACUUUCGUCCCACUGCAGAGUUCCUGGAUGAGGCUCUGCUGACACACAAGGGAAAGGUUCUUGUGGUCUCCAUGAUGGGCAUCAGCCGCUCUGCCAUCCUGGUGGCGUCCUACCUGAUGAUCUUCCACCACAUGUCCAUCAUGGAGGCACUGACGUCCAUGAGGAAAAAGCGCCCAAUAAACCCCAACGAAGGCUUCCUGAAGCAGUUGAGAAACCUCAACGAGACCCUGAUGGAGGAGCGCGACGAUGACGACGACACGCUCAGCCAGUGCUCCGUUAUCGAUGCACGUGCCCGUGCGCGCAUCUUUGGCGAGGGCGGGGACGACGAUGAUGAUGACGACACUGAUAAAGAGGAAGAGCAGAGUAUGAUAGAGGUGAAAGCGCACUCCAUCAUGAUGGAGGAGGAGGAGGACGGAGAGAGCGUGAUGAGCAGUGUCGCCUCUUCUGCAGCCGCUGCUGCGCUCAAAAGCGGAUUCACCGGAGCACAAAACGGCCUGGGAGACAGUCAGGAAAAGAUCAUUCUGCCGAAGGAGGAGACUGGGGACGAAGGGGAAGAUGAGGACGACCUCGAUAGCAUGAUACGUGAGUGGCAGCGGAGGAACGAGAAGUACCAGAAUGACGACUGGUGGGAGGCGCAGCUAAACAGCGACGGCGAGGAUGGAGAAUCUCUCUCUGGGGCUCGACCGAAGAAGACUGGCGAGGACGCUGAUGUGGAGAGCGUCACCAGUGAGGAUGUUCAAGCCAUGAAAGAUCGGCUAAAGCGGCGCCUCAGGCGACCACCCUCAGAUGCCAUGUCCACCUCCAGCUGCACAAGUUACUCUGAUCUUUGGAAACAGCGUCUGAGGGAAAUAGAGGAACAAGCUGCUGCCCGCUACCGCAAGAAAGAAGACGAUGAGGGCAGCGAGAGCACGGCGACAGAAGGUGGAGACGGAGGAAAGAAGAAGGUUGAGGUCGACGUGGAGAGCAUCCUCUCCGACACCAGCUCCAUGUACAACUUUUGCCAGAAGAACAAGGACAAGAUGACGCCUUUGGAGCGAUGGCGCAUCAAAAGGAUCCAGUUCGGCUGGAACAAGAAAGACAGAGAGGAUGGAGAAAAAAGUUCAAUCGGAGAUGGAGAGAAAGGUGACAGCGAGGGAGAGGCCAGGACCCCAGCCUUCCAGGACGUCAACCUGACUGCGUACCAGUCAUGGAAGAUGAGGCAACAGAAGCGUUACGGGGAGGAAAACACGGAGGAGAUUCUGGAGAUGAGUCGGGUUGAGGACUCCGUGACCACCAAGCGCAGGCAGAGACGUGAGGAGAUCCUGGAGCGCUCGAAGAAGACUUUGGAGGACAGUCAGUCCAUGUGCGGUUGGGAGAGCGAGAGCUGUGUCAGUGGAGGAACCAUUCCUCUCUCCGCCUUCUGGGCCGGAGCCGGGGUCAUGGGCCCGCCGAGUGCCGCCAAUGAUGACAACAUGUCCAUGCUGAGCGGUCGGUCCUCCGUCAUAUCCUCUGUGUCCCAGCCUCGCAGUGCGAGAUCAGCACAUUCUGUUCACCCCCAGACACCACUUCCCCCCAUCCUCCCGGUCCCUCCCAUCCAAGGCCCUGCAGGAGAACCGAUGGUCAACUUAGCCAGCAUCCAGAACUGGAUCGCCAGUGUCGUCUCCGAAACGAUUAAGCAGAAGCAGAGUGAGAUGAGCCUGCCUCCUCCGUCACGAGUCGGAUCUGAGUUCAGCUUUGGCGGCACACCAAGCGUGAUUUCAGGCCGGGGCCUGGAUGACGACAAGGUGUCUAUGUUGAGCGGUGCCUCAUAUUCCAGUGCGCUGUCGCAGGGUCGCGGCAGGGCAACGUCUGUCCUCUCUGGUGGCGGGGCGAGCAGCUACUCUGGAUCCACCCUCAGCUCCAAGAAAACCAAGAUCACCACCACCAGCGUCCCUCUUUUCAGCCUCUUCCAGGACCAGGUGGACAUGGGCAAACUUGACGCCAUGGACAAGGAGAUUAAGUCUGAGAUGAGGGGCAAAAUGGCUACCUACGAGAAGAAGAAGAUCCUGGAGGACAACAAGCGCAGCACCCUCUACAAGAAGAAGAAACCAAAGGAUGACGAGGAUGACGAGGAGGAGGAGGAGGAGAGAAAGACAAGAGAGGAGGAGUUUCUCAAGGAAACAAAGAAAAAAGAGAAACCUGCGAGGACCUUUGGCCUCUCCGGGUGCCUGAAUCUCAACCCGGCGCUGGAGAAAGAGAAGAACACCAACAUCGACGACUGGCUGGAGAGUGUCCGGCCUCCUCCCAGUAAGUCGGCGUCUGGAGCAGAAGGCGUCCAAUUGGAGGAUGCCUAUGACGACCUUGAUGCCUCCGCUUCCGAGUUUGACUUCUCGAGCCGCAGGGAUUCCUACGCCGAAGAAGAUGAUGAGGAAACUUACAGCGUCACCUCUAGAUACAGAUCGAGGUUACGCAAAAAUCUGUCGAGUGACGACACGAGCAACGGCUUCUCCAGCCGGACAGGCGGGUCACACGCUGCUUACGCCAGGAGCGAUGAGGGGACGGAGAGCUACGAUGACAUCUUCACAAAGAGGAAGUUUGCUCAUCGUUCUAGAUAUGAAACAAGCGAGUCAGAAGGCAGGAGGAGUCAGAGGGAGGAGGUGGACGAGGAAGAGGAUGACAUCGCCACCUUCAUCGCCCAAACCAGGCAGAGGGUCAGAGCCCGCGCCGCUGCCGAGCCCGUGGAUGACGAGGUGCUCAACGCCUGGAGGGCACAGCAGGAAGCCAAGUCACAGAGCAGAAGUGAAGCUUCGGAUGCACUUUUAUAAAAUAAUCAAAUAUUUGAACUCAGUGGCGGACUCAGAGGAGGGGCAGGAGGGGCAACCGCCACCCCUCAUGCCUCCAAGGUUGAAAAAGUGCCCUCUAGAGUGGUGAAAAUGAGAGGAAGUGCCUUAUUGGAUGCCCUUUACACAUGCAAAAAAUUAAUGGGGGCCCUCUAGGGUGCCCCUUCAUAUAAUAAAUUAUGAUGAUGUGCCCUUGAGAGCAAAAAAAUUGAUAAUGUGCCUUAAUGAGUGCCCUUCUAGUGUCCUUCUAGUGCCCUUCCAGUGUCCUUCUAGUGCCCUUCUGCCCUUUUGGUGCCAUGGUGCUCUUUGGUAGCUGACAAACAGGGAAUAUGAAAGAGGCGUUGCUUUCAUGUGCCGUUGCUAUGAUGAACAACUACAUCGAGUGGUACAAAAAUCGGCAACGAAGCAAAAAGUGGAUCAAUAGUCUGCCUGUACCCGUAAUAGAAAAGUUUUAAUUCAAUUCGAUGCCAAGUUUGAAAACACAAUAAAGUGCCCUUGUAAUAGAGAGAAAAAGAAUCCCAGUGAACAAAAUUAUCUGCAGUGACACAAAAAUGACACAAUAGGAUAUCAAUAAAGAUCCUACAAUACAGUAUCAAGCAACUGUGAAAAAUGUGAUACGAGGUUUUUGCUCUCAUUUAGCUCUCAAAGUGAACAAGAUUGAUGCAUUUUACUUAAAAAUGUACACAUUUUAUCCAGGACCCCCAGACCGCCCCAUGUUGUGCAGAAUGUGCCCUUUUUAUUUUUUCGCCCCUGCCCUUCAAAAAGUCUGAGUCCGCCACUGUUUGAACUCUUCGAGGACUGAAAGAGUUUGUUCCACAAAAAAAUAUAAUAAAAUCCUUUGGAAGCAAGUGCUGUGAGAAGAAUAUAACACAUAUUUUAUUCACUAUUAUAAAAAUCCCAUUAUUGCACCAGAAAUAAUUAAUGUUUUGUUUGCUCUACGGCUAAAUGUAAAAUACAUUUCAUACGUAUUUUCAUAAAAGAAAAAAACACAAUUGUUACAUUAUUUUA